AUGAAUAUUAAACAAAUUAGUGGGAUUGCAUAAUCAUUAAUUUUGAUAGCUUACUUAAGCAUAAACCCCAUCCAUUAUCAACUGAUAUUGAGCGUAUUGGGAGUCUUAAUGUAGAUGGUUGUUUUGAAAUGGAAAAAACAUGAAGACAUUAUUACUGAAAUAUCUUAGGUAUUGUUGACAGUGCCAAUGGGAAUCAUUUAGACCGAUGUUUGCAGCACCUUAAUAGUAACCCUGCAACUGAUCCAAAUGAAACCAUCUAAAUUUCUCCUAUUUAAACUAUCCUAUGUUGUAAUUUUGGGGAUGGUUAUGCAUGGAGAAGUAUCUCAAAUUGUCCUGAUAUGUUUGUCCUUCCUUACUUUUGCAGUUGAUUCCUUAUUGGAACAACCCAAAUUCUCAUAUUCACCAAUCCACCUCUCGAACAAGAAAUUGCGGGAGGAGAAUGAACUAGAUAAAACUGAUAAGUCUGACAAAAUACAUCUCCAAUCCAUAGCGUAUAGUGACAAUUAGGCUGGACACAGAACGAGUGCCAAAUAUCAAUUUCUCUAAAUCCUAGAUGAAUUCCCCGAUGGAGUAGCUCUCAUAAUAUUUGAUGAAAAUCGAUUGCCUCAAGUUGAUUUCUGCAAUCAAACCAUGAUGAACCUAUUGCAAACCACUCAAUCAGAUUUACUGAGUUCUUUAAUGUCACUCAAGAAUCUGCAUAUCAUGAAGAAGAGUCAAUAAACCUAGGAUCUGGCCACCUCAAUAUCCACUUACAAAAGUAUGUAUUCCCCAGAAAAGAACAAAAUCGGAAUUGUCAGAUCCAUCUACCGAGCCUCAACCACAGUUCAGAAUCACAAGUGUGACUAAUUCUUCAAUACAAAAUUGAAAUUUUCCAAAAAUCCUUUCAAAAUGGCCCUGGAAUAGGCCAUUCUGCAAAUCCAUUCGUAGGAAGUGCAAUCCCUAUUAACAAAAACUCAGAUUGGUUUUGACUUACACACUAUUUUGAAUGGCUACACAACCUCGCAAUCCAAAAAGGAUGUCUGCAUUGAAAUCAAACUAUUUAUAUCCUAUCUCAAUGAUCAACCCUAAUUACUCAUAUUAACAAGAGACGUCUCCUACAAAGAUUACAUCAAAUCAAUUAAUCAACAUAGCAAAGCCAAAUCAAAUUCAUUGAAUUUUGUUUCUCAUGAAAUUAGAACUCCAAUCAAAUGCAUCAUUCAAUUGUUGGAAGAGAUAGAAUAGAAAAAUGACACCAUCAAGAAUGUUCUCUGGAAUUGUUAUUACCUAUUGAACUUCAGUCAUGAUUUGCUUGAUCUGGCCUAAAUCAAAGUUGGUAAAUUUAAAUUGCACAAAAUCAAAUUCAAUUUAGAAUAAUUGAUUUUAUAAUUAUUUGACUUAUUUAGAAUAGAAGCAAGGAGAAAUUCAAUUGCUUUGAAAUUGGAAUACGAUGAAGAUGCCCCCAAAUAAAUAUUUAACGAUGAUGUAAGAAUAAAACAGGUGUUGAUUAAUUUGAUUGGAAAUGCCUUCAAAUUCACUAUCGAAGGCAGUAUAACAGUAAGUGUCAUUGAUUAAAAGGAUGGAACUUUCGAAAUUAAGAUCACUGAUACUGGCUUUGGAAUCAGAGAGGAGGAUAAGAAGAAAUUAAUCAAAGCAUUUGGUCGAUUAGAUGAUGAUGAAACCAAAUAAUUCAAUCGAUCUGGUGUUGGAUUAGGAUUACUAAUAAGUAACAUGAUAUGCAAAUCCCUUUCAACCAAGGAGUCCGGCAUCAAAAUAGAGUCAGAACUGUAUAAAGGCAGUUCUUUUUCAUUUGAAAUAGAUCAUGAGACUGUGUAUGAUACUGUCAUCAUUUGUGACAAUGAGAGCAACAACGAAGAAGAAGACCAAGUGAUAGUUGAAGCCUAACCUCGAGUCCAACGCAUAUAUUCCAAUCAAGCCUUUCGACAGAGGGAAUUAUUAGUUAUUGAUGACAAUCAAUUCAACAUUGAUAUUUUAAUUAGGCUCUUCAAUGGCAAGGGAAUCAAUAGAAUCGAUUAUGCCAUUAGUUGCCAACAUGCUUUGAAAAUUCUAGAUGAGAGAAUUAGAAAUCAUAUAUUUUACAGAGUCAUUCUCCUUGACAUCGAAAUGCCCAUUAUUGAUGGGUUUGGCACUGCAAAAAUGAUCAAAUAGUAUGUCAAUGAAACCAUGGCUACGAUGCCUGUACUUAUAGCAGUAAGUGGACAUGGAUUACACAUGAAACAAUAGGCUUUGAACAAUGGAUUUGUGGAUUAUUAUGAAAAACCAUUAAAAGCAGGAGACAUUGAGGAAAUCAUCACUCGUUAUCUACAAUGA